AUGGCUUCAUUCGUCACGGAAUUCUUCAAUUGGUUGAACUACCCGCAAUGGGUAUACUGGCUAAUCGGGAUCUACCUUCUAUUGCCGACGAUUUACCUCAUCGUGCCCUUCAUCUAUGGGAAGAGAUCUCAGCACCCAAGAGUGGUUAUAUGUGUUCUCGGUGAUCUGGGACACUCGCCAAGGAUGUGCUACCAUGCUAGAAGCUUCAGUGCUAAGGGAUAUGACGUUGAUCUAUGUGGGUACCUGGAAGAACUGCCACCUGCUGAUAUCAUGGACGAUGAAGACAUCACGAUCCAUGCGAUUCCAACGGUGAAGAACACCGGUGGGAACUAUCUUGUGUUCAUCGUACGCAAGGUGGCUAAACAGCUCUUUGCCCUGGCUUUGCUACUGUGGGAACUACGGGGUGCACAGUAUAUAAUGGUCCAAACACCACCGGGGAUCCCAAUCUUGCUGUUAGCAGUGCUGUACAAGCUCUUGUUCGGGUCCAAGCUCAUAAUCGACUGGCAUAACUUGGGUUAUAGCAUCCUGGCUCUGAGAUUGGGUGACACUCAUCUCCUCGUCAGGCUGAAUAAGCUCUAUGACCACGUUCUCGCCAGGUUUGCCGAUAUAAACUUGACUGUGACACAGAGGAUGAAGCAGUUCCUGGUUGAUGAGUUUGGCGUGAACAAGUCCAAGAUCGUGGUGUUAUACGAUAAGGCUGCUUCCCAAUUCAAGCCAAUUGUGGACCCACAGGAGAAGCUCAAGGUCAUAUCAAGCCACGGGGAACUGUUCAAAAACUUCUCUCCUUCGAGCGACAAGAUCAUCGUGUCUUCCACCAGCUUUACCCCGGACGAGGACUUCAACGUUCUUGUUGAAGCAUUGGUGAAGUACGACACCUUGCACGACGACAACUUGCCAAAGCUGAAGGUGAUAAUCACUGGUAAAGGUCCACUAAAGGAACAGUUCCUCAAGGCCAUUGAGGCCGCUAAUUUACAGAAAAGCGAUGUUCAAUGUGCAUGGCUAGCAGCAGAGGAGUAUCCAAAGAUCUUAGCAAUUGCAGACAUAGGAAUCUCAUUGCACACCUCGAGCAGUGGGAUAGACCUUCCUAUGAAAGUGGUUGAUAUGUUUGGAUGUGGAGUGCCUGUUCUUGCGCUAGAAUUUGAUGCUCUGCCCGAACUUGUUGAUGAUGGCAUCAAUGGCAUGAGAGUACUCGAUGCUAGACAGAUUGUGGAAUCCUUCAUCUAUCUCUUCCUACAGCCGUCGAACUACGAAGUGAUCAAGAAGGGAGCAAUGGAGAAGAGCAAGCAACGGUGGGAAGCCAAUUGGAAGGCUCAAUUUGGUGAUUUGUUACAUCCAUGA